CCUCCACCCUCCUUCCCUGGUGCUGUCAGGCAGCUCGCCCAGUUCAGUGCUGCGCUGGCCGGCUCCCGGGAUGGAGAACCUCCUGGAGAACCCGGUGCGCGCCGUGCUCUACCUGCGGGAGCUGACCAGCAUCGUUCAGAACCAGCAGAGCCUCAUACAUACCCAACGCCAACGCAUCGACGAGCUGGAGCGGAGACUGGACCAGCUGGGUAGCGAGAACCGGAACCUUCGGAGCCAGCACCCACCGCAUGGACAGAGCCCGAGCAUCGGCCAGCACCCACCGCAUGGACAGAACCAGAGCCCGAGCCCCGGGCAGCCCCAGGGGCAAGUCCUAACUCCGAGUGCCGGGCAGCCCCAGGGGCAGGUCCAGACCCCGAGCACCGGGCAACCCCAGGGGCAGGUCCAGACCCCGGCACAGCAGGUGGUAAGCCCCGCUCAAAGCCAGGUGCAAGUCCUAGGGCCUGCAGAAACCCCAGGUCACCCCCAGGGGCGGAUCCAAACCCAGGGGCAUCAGCACCCCCCAGCUACCCCACCAGCCGAAGAUCCAGAUCCGGUGCCCAAGUCAUCUCCGCAGAUUCAUCAGCACAAGCCCCCUGUCUUGUGUAAGGCCAUCCUGGGCAGGAAAUCAGAGAGUGAGACAGUUUUACAUCAAUUCUGUUGUCCUGUUGCUGAUGCAGAACAAAAGCCAUCUCCCCCAAGUGACGAUUCAGCACAGAAGAAGAUUCUGUGUACAGCAUGGGUGGUUCAGGACAGUGAGCGGCAGACAAGUGAUUCUAGCAAGCUACCAGGAGAGGAGGAGAUCCUGAACAAGACAAGUCUUCACCACACAGGGUCACCAAUUAGAGUACAGAGAGGAAAGAAUGCGGCCACUUGCUCACAUGGCACCAAUAACUCAGAUUAUGAACUUUCGAUGGACCUCAAAAAUAAACAGAUUGAAAUGCUGGAACACAAAUAUGGAGGUCACCUGGUUUCCAGACGAGCAGCUUGCACUAUUCAGACAGCUUUCCGGCAGUACCAACUCAGUAAGAACUUUGAAAAGAUAAGAGACUCUCUGCUACAAAGCCGCUUGCCCAGACGUAUUUCCUUGCGGAAAGUCCGUGUGCACAAUCCAGAUAGUUUCCCUGCUGCUGAGAAGGCACUAUUAGAGAGCUAUAACCUGAUGGGUAUCCCUUUGGUUAGGUCUCCAUCUCUGCCAGCCACCAUCAGUGGAGCAUUAACUGAGCUGGAAGACUCUUUCACAGAGCAGGUACAAUCAUUGGCCAAAUCCAUUGAUGAUGCCCUUAGCACGUGGAGCUUAAAGACAAUGUGCGCCUUCCCUGAGGCAGGAGCCUACCAGAUCCGUGAGACCUUCAUGCAACAGAAUCCAGAGCUAGAACAAACCAACUUGGAGCAGAGAGACAGUGAAGAAGGGCAGCUUGGGACUUUGCCAAAAAGCAGCAGUACAUUGAUGAUGGCUUUCAGAGAUGUUACUGUUCAGAUAGACAACAACAACAUCUCUGUAUCAUCGUCCACAUCCCUCUCUAUGGCCAAUUGUCUGACAGGGGCUCAAACUACCAAAUGUGAAGAGGACAGGGUUUGUGAAAACAUGUCCUCAGAGCUUCCUUCUCAGGAGAGUUCCAUUCACGAUCCACAGCUUGUGCAAAACUCCUUCCCAGAGGUGAAUGGGGAUGGGCUAGGAAAGGAAUUGGUGGGUCCUUUGCCUACUGAGUCAGAACCGACUGACCUUUCAGAGCAGUUGAGCAGCAGUAGCACAUCCACCUCUGCCAAGUCUGUGUCUGAAGUGUCAUCAAAAGAGGCUCUACAAGCCAUGAUCCUCAGCCUGCCCCGCUACUAUUGUGAGAAUCCAGCAAGUUGUCGUUCACCUACACUCUCCACUGAUACCAUGAGGAAGCGACUCUACCGCAUUGGGCUCAACCUCUUCAAUGUCAAUCCUGACAAGGGUAUCCAGUUCCUGAUCUCUCGCGGUUUUAUCCCAGAUACUCCGAUCGGGGUAGCUCAUUUCUUGUUGCAACGGAAGGGGCUAAGUCGACAAAUGAUCGGGGAGUUUUUGGGGAACAGCAAAAAACAAUUCAACCGUGAUGUGCUAGACUGUGUGGUAGACGAGAUGGAUUUCUCCAGCAUGGAGCUAGAUGAGGCUCUGCGGAAGUUUCAAGCCCACAUUCGUGUGCAGGGUGAAGCACAGAAGGUGGAGCGUUUGAUUGAAGCCUUUAGCCAGCGUUACUGCAUGUGUAACCCAGACAUCGUGCAGCAGUUCCACAAUCCUGACACAAUCUUCAUCUUGGCAUUCGCUAUAAUUCUUCUGAACACAGACAUGUACAGUCCAAGCAUCAAACCAGACCGCAAGAUGAUGCUGGAGGAUUUUAUUCGCAACCUGCGAGCAGGGGUCGAUGAUGGAGCUGACAUCCCUCGGGAUAUGGUGGUCGGGAUUUAUGAGCGGAUUCAACAAAAAGAGUUGAAAUCAAAUGAGGAUCAUGUUACCUAUGUGACAAAAGUAGAGAAGUCAAUUGUGGGAAUGAAAAGUGUCCUCUCGGUCCCCCACAGGCGAUUGGUAUGCUGUAGUCGACUCUUCGAGGUGACAGAUGUGAACAAAGUUCAGAAACAAGCAGCUCACCAGAGGGAGGUCUUUUUAUUCAAUGAUCUGCUUCUAAUCUUGAAGCUCUGUCCGAAGAAGAAGACAUCUUCAACCUACACAUUCUGCCGAGCAGUACCACUACUAGGAAUGCAGUUCCAUCUCUUUGAGAAUGAAUACUAUCCUCAUGGGAUCACACUGGUUAGUCCUCUCUCUGGUUCGGAGAAGAAAUUGGUUUUGCACUUUUGUGCUUUGGGCUCCGAGGAGCUGCAGAAAUUCUUAGAAGAUCUGAAGGAAUCUAUUUAUGAAGUGACAGAGAUGGAACAAAUACGCAUUGAAUGGGAGCUGGAGAAGCAACAUGGGGUGAAGACCAUCCCCAUGAAGACAAAUGGGUCUCAGCUGGACACUCAGUCCAAGCAGGAGUCCCCCACCGGUAAGCGUGACCCACCUGAAAAGGACACAGACAGCACAGUUGAGGUGUCAAUUCACAACAGGCUUCAGACGUCCCAGCACAUCGGCCCCCAGGGGCCAGAGAAUGGAGCUCCGGGCAGCACGGCUCCUAACGGGCAGCGGGAGACCCUGCAGGCUGCCCCCCCCGACCGGCUCCUGCAGUGUCAGCAGAUUGUCAAGGUGAUUGUGCUGGACACACCUGGCCGGGCACUGCCCGCCCUCGACCAGACUGUGACCCGCUACCUGUCUGGGUCCUGUACCUCUACUCCCCUGCGCAGUGUGGGAGGAAAUGUCCACCAACCCCCUCUUCCCCCUCCUCCUCCUCCAUAUAACCAUCCCCACCAGUACUGCCCUCCGGGAGUCCUGUUAAGAGAGCGCAGGUAUUCUAGUGGCUCCCGGAGUCUUGUGUAGGCAUUGGGCAACCAUCUGCCAUCUUGGACUUCCCUUCCUGCACACUCAGUCCUUGCACACUCAAUGGAACCUGCACUGUAAAGCCUGUCAGUGAACACUGAUGCCUGCCCUUGCACAAUUACUUCCCCCCUGCAUAUUUCUAGCCAUCCCUAGAUACUCAUUACUUCCUAUUCACAAUCUCCUGUAUCCUUUACACAGUCAUCUAUACCCUGUCCUUGCACAGUCACCAGUACUAUUUUUAUGCCUUUGAGAGUCCCAGUUUGUGUAUUUUAGUAGGUUUUAUCUUUCUCCCAUGUGUUUUUACUGUGGAGAAACCUUUAUAUGAUCAGCACGUCCUGGACAAUCUAUUUCCACACCUUAUACUAUCCCCCAUUCCUCCCACACGUCACAUGGGAGUCACAUGUACUAUUGCUUAAAUGGAUUCUACAGCACCAGGGACUCAAAUGUGGAUGGACACAAAUCAAAAUGGACCUUGGAAGCUAUGAAAGAAGCCCCUUGCAUAGCACCAAUGGCACUGUGAGCAGUGGACGAUGGAGACAUGUUGGGUUUGGGGCAAAACCCUCUAUUAAAUGAGGUAUAACCAUGAUCUUCAAAGCAGGCUGGUAAUAACCAAUAUGCCGAACAGGGUAAAAAAUGUCAGGUUUUGUCAAAUGGGACACUGUGUACAAAGCAAUAAGAGGCAAUCCAAUACAGAGCUAAAUGGUUAUAUAUAAAGUAACACAUUGCAGCGGGGGAAAGUUAUGCUACCAGUGCCAGAGCUGGAAUGUUAUAGAGGUUUCUAUUACAGAGCUGGAACAUUAUAGAGGUUUUAAAUGACGGAGCUGAAACAUUAUAGCGGAUUUAUAUUACAGAGCUGAAGUGUUAUAAAGAUUUAAUAUCACAGAUCUGGAACAUUAUAGAGCUUUCACCUUACAGAGCUGGAACUUUAGAGGUUUCACAUUACAGAGCUGGAACAUUAUAGAGGUUUCCUAUUAUAGACCUGGAACUUUAUAGAGGUUUCAUAUUACAUAGCUGGAACAUUAUAGAUGUUUCCUAUUAUAGAUCUGGAACUUUAUAGAGGUUCCAUAUUACAGAGCUGGAACAUUAUAGAGGUUUCGUAUUACAGAGCUGGAACAUUAUAGAGGUUUCGUAUUACAGAGCUGGAACAUUAUAGAGGUUUCUAUUACAGAGCAGGAACAUUAUAGAGGUUUCACAUUACAGAGCUGGAACUUGAAAGCUUUCAUAUUACAGAGCUGGAACUUUAUAGAAGUUUCCUAUUAUAGACCUGGAACUUUAUAGAGGUUUUAUAUUACAGAGCUGGAACAUUAUAGAGGUUUCAUAUUACAGAGCUGGAACAUUAUAGAGGUUUCAUAUUCCAAAGCUGGAACAUUAUAUAGGUUUCACAUUACAGAGCUGGAACUUGAAAGAAGUCACAUUAUAGCGCUGGAACUUUAUAGAGGUUUCCUAUUAUAGACCUGGAACUUUAUAGAGGUUUCAUAUUACAGAGCUGGAACAUUAUAGAGGUUUUAUAUUACAGAGCUGGAACGUUAUAGAGGUUUCAUAUUACAGAGCUGGAACAUUAUAGAGGUUUCAUAUUACAGAGCUGGAACGUUAUAGAGGUUUCAUAUUACAGAGUUGGAAGACUGUUGUUGUUUCAAAUUACAGAGCAAUAAGGUUAUGUGGUUUCAUAUUAUGGGGUUAUAAGUUUACAGAGGUUUCACAUUGCAGGGUGGAAGGUUGUGGUGGUUCCUAAUUGCAAAUCUGACAAAAGCUCCAUAUGUAAGAGCUUGAUUGCUAUGUAUGAGAUUUCAGACUGCAGAACAGGGAUGCUGUAACUAUCAGAUUGUAAUCCAGGUCGCUAUUUCACUGCAGAGUAUACAUCUAACCCAAUAUCCCAGUGCUCCUCUCUUUUGCUAACUGUCAUCUACAUGUUAUCCCAUCUUCAUGCCUUUUUUCUCUGUUGUUCCAUAGCCCUGUUCCUGUUCUUGUCACUGCCCCUGUCCUUACCUAUUUGUUGCCUAAUGUAUGUGUCCUUCUUUAUUAACCCUCUCCAUGUUUCUUUGCUGCCCCGUGCUCUUGGCCUUAUUAUAUGCCUUUCUCCCUUUCCGUAUCUUUUGUUGCCACAUGCUCUUACAAUUCUUCGUUUCAACACUUCUCUCUUUGUAAUCCAAUGCUUUUUU